CUGGGUGGAUCUACGUUUGGACCAAAAUUUUUAUAUUUCCGCUUCCCUAUCCAAGCGUAGAACCCAAGAGAUGGAAGAGCUGAAGCUAGGAUUAGUGGUGGUCGUGAAGAGAUGGUGGUGGAGCAAUGGUACUAUUGUCAUGGAGUUCGGAUUCGGCAUCGUGGGUUCCUCCGGCAACGGGAUAAGUUCUGAAGCUCCGGUAGAAACCUCUUCAGUUGCCAUGGUUGUGCCGUCCUCAUUGCUUCCCUUCGAGUCGAGUGUGGGGGCCGCCACCAUGACAUCCUUCUCGAUGCCGAGCUCGAUCUUCGGGUCGGCUCCUCGACCCAUUCCCGGGAUCGAAACCACGGGGGGUUACACUGUUGAUCCUCCCCAGCCGAACGACGGCAACGACCCCCUCGUGGCGAUGGUGAACCAAGCAUUCUUGAACAAGAAGUAUCAAGCUGAAGAUGCCGGCACGAAGAAGUUCAUCGUCGGGAAGAUGCUGGACUACAAGAUGGUUGACAACAAAUCUGUUGUCGCCCAGGCUGAGGAGCUUACAGUAAUCUUCAAUAAAUGCAAUGAAGAUAAAGUAGGCGUCAGCAAGGCCUUUUUAGUGGCGGCCAUCAUUCACAAACUUCCACACUCUUGGGAAGACUUCCAAGCCGAUCUCAAGCUCAAGAUAAUUGAGAUGAACCUGGAGCAACUGCUCACGCGGUUGAGAAUCCGAGAGGAAGGGCUUGCGAGAAGAGGUGGUGGGGCAAAGGUGAAUGUGGUAGAGCAUCCUUCGGGCUCUUCACAUGGAGGAAAGGACAAAAAGAAAAUAGGUCCUAAAGGUGGUCUUUCUAAAUUUGCAGGGAAGUGCUACAAUUGUGGCAUUACCGGCCAUCGUUCCUCCGACUGUAGGAAAAAGAAGCCACAAAAGAACAAGAAGAAAACCACUGAAGCCAUGGGUGCAGAGCUCGAAAAUUUGGACCUCUGCGUAGUUGUCACCGAGGUGAAUCUUGUCGGGUCAAAUCCGAGGGAAUGGGUUGUGGAAACAGGAGCCACACGCCAUAUUUGCCCCAAUAAGAGCAUGUUUCACGAAUUCGAAGAGACCACCGGUGACAAGGUCUGGAUGGGCAACUCGGCCCAAUCAGAGGUACAAGGGGUUGGUAAGAUUAAGCUUAAAAUGACCUCCGGAAAAGAGCUAACACUUAAUGACGUGCUCUAUGUGCCAGACAUUCGCAAGAAUUUAGUGUCGGGGUCAUUGCUGAUCAAACACGGCUUUCGGAUGGUGUUUGAAUCAGAUAAGCUAAUCUUGUCCAAGAAAGGGAUUUUUAUAGGAAAAGAGAAACAAGGUUGUAAAUUGUGGAAUCUUCAGGCUGGCCGGAUAUUUUCUGCAUCAACUGUGUGCAGUGGCAAUGAAGUACCUCCCAUGCGAAACCAGAGCUCCAAAAAUCUAGAGCAACAAGCUCGGAUUGACGGAUUAAUCGGCAAGAACAGCCCCCGCGGUACUGUUCAUGUCGCGAACGAGAAACCCCCAUUUAGAGCUCUUCCAUUGAGAGCUCAUUACGACUUCUUCUCUAUUGCCAUAAAUGUAGUGGAGAAGAGCUCCAUCGUCACCACGGCGGCGGAUCUUGAGAGCAGGGAGGAGAUUGACACUCUAAGAGGAUUUGAGGGUAACACCACUCACUCAAUAGCCCAACCAUAUCCAACCUUAAUCGCCAUCGCGCCUGUGUUGUUCAAGAGCAAAGGAUUUGCCGAUUCCCCAAGAGCCUUCACCAUCAGUCCUAGCCAUCACCAAUUUGCCGAGAGCCUUCGUCAUCAGUCCCACUGCCCAGCACAGACUGCCCAGUCGCCAAUUCAUACCCUUCGCCGUCAGUCCCACGCCAUGGAAGUUACUGCCUGGGUGAGGCCUUGUAGCUGUGUUCUUGAAGGAAACCAAUGUGUUGAUGUUCAUGGUCAGGAAUACUGCACUGUAAAUGCUCAUGUCUUUGUUCUAUGCUUAUUGACGGCUUUGGCCAAGGUUUUGGAGUUGAACAGUGGCUUUCUGGUGGAUGGACUGAUUGAAGCGUUGACAAUUGUGGCUGGCAGUUACCGGAAACUCACGUCUCUCCUCUUUCUUCGUCCGUUUCAACCCAUCGACCCCAGCACUGCCGAUUCGUGGUCUUCGUCGCUCCGUCAGGCCGGCGAUCGCGGCAGCAACCGAUGGGUCUCGUUCCAGGGAAACAGCGGCGGCGACCCCACCUCCCUCUCCCUUCUUCGACGGCGUGUGAGAUUUCUGGCUGGUCCAGCGUCGACGACGGGAGUUCUAGCGGCGAGCUCCGUCCCAGGGCAGCCAGCGCCGGCGACCAUCCUUUCCCUUUUCCACCGGCGUGCGCGCGAGCCGCGACGACUCACAGCGGCAGUUUUCCCCUUUCUCCAGUUCAAGUUUCCUUCAACAAAUUCGAGGUAGGAACACUGAUUUUGAAGGGCAACCCGGAGGGCAGUGAAGUGGUGGUGUGGCGUGGAUGGCUCUUAAUUACUUUAAUAAUUAAACUACAUUAUUUUAAUGGAUUUCAUGGACUGUUGGACGUUACUUUGGUUUUAUUAUGCUUCCGCGACGUUUGGACUUGUUUUGUUACUCUGAUAAAAAAAUUUGGUUUAGUUU